CAACCAUCUUUUGCCCCUUCAACCAGGCUGUCUUACUGUUCUCACCCCCAAGCCCCUCCUUGAUGUGCUCUGCGUUGAUUUUGACAGAAGCAGCAUCUUUCCCUUCCAUUGGAACACUUCGGUGAUCGGUAUCCACAAAUUUGCAGUAGCCUUAGCUUCUGUUUGGGAAAAUCAUAAAAAAUUCCUUGUGCCCUUUGAUUUUUCACCUAGUGCUUUAGCCAAUCAACAACCAACCACGGCUAGAGAUGGCCGAAAAAGUUACUUCUUUAGCCGUUAGAAAACGUUGUUGAACAGCUAGAGCAAGUACCAUCAAUAGUUAAAGAGACACAAAAAUUAAAAUCUCUCAGAAGUGUCAAAAUAAAGCUUAGUACUAUUAGCACUUCACUCGAAAAGAUUCAUAGCCAAGAGUAUGAACCAGAUGUAGCUUACGAGACACAGGAAGUGGUUGAUUUCAUUGUUGUGGAUAAUCAGAAGAGUAAGCUGGGAAGGUUGAUCUCAAGAGAAAAGGUAACCAAACAUCAAGUUGAUAAGAUAGAGAACAUAGAGAACAAGAUUGGCAGCAUCGAUUCCUUCAAGGAUGAUGCCGGAUCAAACAAGGAGUCUCAUCAUAGCCACCGUUCAAUCAGCUUCAAGAAAGAUGAGGUAGUAGGAUUCGGAGAUGCCCAGGAGACUUUGGUGAGAAAGCUUAUUGGUGAUGCCAAAACACAGCUUGAUGAGGUACUUUUGAUCCAUGGAAAGGCAGGCUCUGGCAAAACAACUUUGGCCAAGAUGAUCUGCAAUGAUGGUCGUAUCAAAGAACAUUUUGGCGACCCAAAGUGGAUGUCCUUUCCACAAGAACUCCCACUUGAAGAAUGGUUAUUUAGAAACUUGAAAUCCACCGGCUCAACAAGUAACCAAAUUGAUUGCCUUUCCAAGGAUGAGUUGAAGAACAGAUUUUGGGAAAGUUUAAAAGGCAAGAGGUACCUCGUAGUCAUUGACAGAGUUGAAAAUGAUGAUGAAUUGGAUGGGCUUAUGUCCUUAUUUCCAAACGAGUCAAAUGGCAGUCGAAUAUUGAUAACCAGUCGAGUGCCACAAGCAGAUUUAUAUGUACAGCAAAGAAUUUCAUUUUCAUAUGAAGUCAAACCACUAGAUGAAAACCAGAGCUGGCAGCUCUUAUCAAGGAAAGUACUUGAAGGGGAAACUCAUUCAGACCUAGAGGACCUCGGUAAAAAAUUGGCAGAGAAGUGUAAGGGUUCACCCCGGAAAAUUGUGGCCUUGGCAAGAAUCUUGAACGAUGCAGAAAAAACAGCAGAGAUGUGGUCAAAAAUUGAAGAAGGCUAUGCUGACAUUUCUAAUUAUUAUGAUCUCCUUAAAGAUUGCAAAGACCUAAAGUUAUUAUACUUUGGUCUUUUUCCGGAAGAUGUUAGUAUAUCUGCAAAGCAAAUGAACCAAAUGUGGAUGGAAGAAGGGCUACUGAAGAAAAAGGGCAGCAAAGAAGCAGAAGAAAUUGGAGAGGAAUACUUGAAGAAACUCAUUGACCAAUCCGUCAUCCAAAUAGACACAAGAAGGGCUGAUGAAAGUGUGAAAACAUUCCGUGCAUCCAGUCACAUCUCCCAUUUUUUAAUAACUGACGGUGCAGCUGCAGAGUUUUUCGAGGUUCACAUGAAUAACAAUCUCAAGCCUAAUACAGAUAUAAGAAGGAAGGUGAUUCAUAGUGAAUCAGUCACAGAUGUCCUGAAAACCUUUGGGAACUGCUCUGCUAAGUCUCUUCAUUGCUUUGGCAAGAAUAGUCAUGAUACCCCUAUCUGCUCAGAACGCUUUUGGGAAACUCUACUCAACAAUUUUCCCCAACUCAGGGUAUUAAAUUUGGGUUUUCUAGAGUUAAAUAAGGUGCCUAAAGAGCUAGGCAAACUGAAACAUUUAAGGUACUUAAGGUUGAGGGUUCCAAAUGCCAAACACCUGCCAUCUUUUAUUGUCAACCUUCAACAAUUGGAGACAUUAGACAUGAGAGAAUCUUGUUGUCCCAUUAAGUUACCACAUGGAAUAUGGAAGAUGCAGUUUCUCAGACAUCUUUACCUUGGGGCCUUUACUUAUCUACCAAAAACUAGUGGUAGUGCCCUUUCAAAUCUACAGACUAUCUCUGGUGUAUAUUCAGACAAGAAUCUGAAGUGGCUAAUGGUCAGGGCCAAGUUCCCUAAUGUUAGAAAAUUGAGAAUAUGCAGUUUCGACUCAGAUCUCACAUGUAAUUUUCUAAAUAGCCUUGACCAUUUAUACCAUCUUCAAUCUCUAAGGGUAGAAAAAAGCACAAAACUUCCACCAGACCAAAAUGCAUUCCCCUUGAGCCUUACCAAGCUAACCCUCUUGGAGACUAAACUACAGACAGAAUGUUUCAAGACACUAGAGAAACUACCUAAUCUAAGGAUCCUUAAAUUACUUGAAAACGCAAUUAUUGGAGAAGAAAUUGCGUGCAGUGAUGGAGGAUUCCUGCAGCUUGAAGUUUUGUACGUAGAAAAAGUGAUUGUGAAGAACUGGAGAAUGAGUAAGGAGGGGAUGCAAUGUCUUAAGUGUCUCUUCAUCAAAGAAUGCAAUGGUGAUAUUUUGGCCACAGAUCCAGCUAACCUGAAGGCAAAAUUAAUCAAGGAGAAUGGAACCGCAUGACAGGAAUUCGCAGAGGCUGCAACAAUUCUCAGGGAAGGAUGAAGUUCUGCACUCGUCUUCGACUAAUGGCCAAAAGAGCAAGGAAAAGUUUUACACAUCUGUGUGUUCAAAUGUAAUACUUAAUUAUUAAAAUUGUUAUGUAAACAGUCUGUACUAUUUGCGAAUGCUUAUCCAAAACGUUUUAUUGUUGCUUUCUA